GUCCUUGACAACAGUUUCUCUCGGGCUUGAAGUGGGACGGUUUCUUGGCCACCGCUAAAAUUGAGAAACAAAAUGGAGGAUAUACUGAGUCAGAUGAGUUUUGACGAAGGCGUUGCUAUGCCUAUAGCUAAUGAAGAAAACAAAAAAUAUGAAGCACAACUUGAUCAAGCACAAAAAGAGAUUGCGAAAAUGCAAGAGGAGGUGAACUUGUACACAGAUCGAAUUCACUCUAUGUCUGAUCAUCUGAAAAAUGUUAGGCAGGAGCUGCAACAAACACAGGAGCUUUGUGGUGCCAAGAAAAGGGAAAUAGACAGUGAGGACCACCUGAGACAAGUUGCCGAGCGUGAAAAAGGUAGAUUGGCUGCGGAAGUUCAAAGAAUAACAAAGGAGAUAAAUGUGCUUACAGAACGAAGAAACAUAUACGAGAAUAACAUCUUCAAAGGCAAUGAGAUGCUACAACAGAUAAAGAAUCAGAUGAACUGGGAUCAAAAAGCUCUAGAAGCAUGGCUUGAAGAAUCGGCUCAAAGAGAUGAUGAUGCAAUGAUACUGCAAAAGUACACGAGGUCUGAUGAAACCAAAAUCAAGGAACUGUCUUUGAGGCAACAGAAGAUGACUGACGAACGGGCCUCCAGAAGACAGGCGUUGGAACAUGAGAUAACCCAGACACUAACUGCACAGCUGCAACUUGACAAAACUGCGGAGGCGUUCAGAAAAAGUCACGCGGAGCGUCAAGAGCUUCUACGUCAAUGGGAGGCUACAAUUCAACAAAUGCAGAAAAGAGAUCAGGAUAUGGAUCUAGCUGCUUUGAAACUUGCAGAACUGAAGGUUCGGGUACAUCAGAGAGAAGAUUCCCUCAACGAAAGACAGCAAUUUUUGGAUGGCGAACUGGCAAACAAUCAAGAAAAAGAGAAAAAGAUAGCAAUCGCCGAAAGACAGUCCGCGAAGUAUCGCUUGGAUUAUCAGAAUAGUGAAAAUGCAAGAAUCCUUUUUCAGGAUGAGCUUGACACAUUGAAAUACACUGUCGAUCGAACAGCCAAAGAUCUCGAGGCAAUGAGAGAGAAAUGCACACAACUAAAGAAAGAUGUUAACGAGAAGCAAGAAAAGCUUCAGAGGGCACAGCAGACCCGAGAGAAUCUUUAUGAACAGUUGAAGAUAGCUGCAGACACUACGCUGAGCGCCGAAGAUCGUGCCUAUAGAGUCGAGGAGACGUUAAAAAACGAAGAAAGCAGAAUUCAUGACAUUGAAAAAGAGCUUAAUAGACUUAGAGAAAAACAGUUUCGUAAAACUCAAGAAUUAUAUCAAAUAAAGCAAAUGGAAUCAAAUACUACAGCUGAAAUCCAGGGUGCAAAAGCUGCUUGUCGGAAUCUCUCAAGCAAACUUCACAAAUUGGAUCAGGACUCCUUGAAACAGCAAGAAAUAAUAUACAAUCAAGAUUUUCAACUUCAAACGUUGGAACGCAAGAUAGGUCGGUUACAUGGGGAGCGCAGCAGUGAUGAGAAAAACCAGCUCGAGGAAAAAGUCAAGGAACUGUCCCAAACACUGGAUGAGCACAGCACAACGCACACAUUGUUGACGAGCCAACUCAAAAAUUUAAGUGAUGAUUUGAGACGAGUUUCUAGACAGCAAGCAAAAGGAAGAGAGGAAAAGGAAACACUGACAAGCAAAAUAGAGGAGCUGAAUCUCCAUAACACAAAUUCGGAAAGAGAGUUGAAAAAGCUGACUGCACAAAAACAGGAUUUGAUGGUUGAAGAGAACAUUUUGAGAUUGCAGAUCAGGAAACUGCGUGACCAUCUCAGCAAUAAAGCUGAUAAUGUAUUGUCGCUCGAAAAGCAAAGGUUGCAGCUGGAGACGACAAUGAAGGAACGUUCACGUGAAAUUGCUAUCCACAUGGAGAUGUUAAAAACACAACUGAGGGCUGCGGAGGAGGAGAAACAAACAAUCAGUGCUGAGCUGCACGAACGCAUAUCGAAGAUUGACAAACUGAGGAAACGAUAUGAGAUCCUGAUGGUGUCCAUGGCUCCGCCUGAAGGAGAAGAAGAAAAAUCACAGGCCUAUUAUGUCAUUAAAGCAGCUCAAGAGAAAGAGGAACUUCAGAGGAAUGGUGACGAAUUGGAUGCCAAAAUUCGAAAGGCAGAAAAGGAGAUAAGAGCCCUUGAAAAUACAUUGCGACUGAUGAGUAGCAAGAAUGAGUCAUACAGAAAGAGUUUUAGCAAAGUAGAGCAGUCAAGUGAAGAGUACGAGGAAAAACAGAGGUUAGAAGAGCAACUUAGAGCAUCUAUGGACAAAUAUAAAUACAAAAGACGGCAAAUCAAGGAGCUUCAAGAUGAUUUCGAAUCAAUGCAGAGAACACUGGAGACACUAACCAGCGAGGAACAGCAGCUUGUUCAAGCGCUUGAAGAGAAAACUGCCAAAGUCACCAGCUUGCAGAAAGAACUUGACGAUCAAGAAGGGAAAAAAGAGCGUGUUGAAAAUCAGCUACAUAAGCUCGUUCGGACUGUAAGAAGCGCACGAAAAGCUAAGGACCAACUCCCAGAAGAGAAGGAUAUCGAUCUGAGAGAGCUUCGCGACUUUAACACUUCAGUCAUGAAGCAGCUUGGUGGAGUCGUACACGACAAUCCGGAGAUCGCGGCCGCCGUCCACCUGUACUUUACGCAGGCUGGUCUACCAAUGCCACCGUCACCUGGUCCUGGACAGAGUUCUAGACCCGGAUCUACAAGAAGCUCAAGAGCAAGCCUGGCAUCAGUGAGAUCUUCUUCAACAAUUCGAAGCACGGCAAGUCGCCAAGGGUUAGAAACAGCAUCAGUAGACGUGGGUGCAAUGGCUGUAUCUGGCAUUGGUAGUCCGAAAGGAGUUGCAUCUCACACACCAACAAGCCGAAAAUCAAAACCCGGAUCCGGCGAAAGGUCAUCUUCAAAACCGCCUUCAAGGCCAAGCUCUUCAGGAUCACAAGCAUCUAGGGGGUCACGUGCCUCUUUAUCGUCUUCCAGGAGAUAAGUCGUUAUCUUCAGAAAACUCCAGUUGCCCUGUUUUAAUUGAAUUUAACAAGUAUGUUUAGUAAGGGAAGCGUUUUGCAUCAAUUGUAAGUAGCACCAAGCUUAUGAUUUGCUUUCGAAUGAAAAACAGUAUUAGAG